AUGAGAAGUGGGAAUACGCUCAGUAUUGAACAACAGCUAGAAUUGAUAAAGGAUUUUAACCCUGAACAGGUUAAAAAUGCUCUUUUCUCCAUACCCAACUCAAAAAGCCCAGGCCCAGAUGGUUUCAACAGUGGUUUCUUCAAAAAGAAGUGGAAUACAGUGGGGGUAAUCACAACGAGGGUAGUUCUAGAUUUCUUCAAGGAUGGGGCCACCUUAAAGCAAAUCAAUGCAACCUGCUUGACUCUUAUCCCAAAAGUGGAAAACCCCUCAAAACCAACAGAUUACAGGCCUAUAUCUUGCUUCAAUACAGUCUACAAGGUAAUUUCCAAGUUGUUAUGUUUUAGACUGAAAGCUGUACUACCUCACAUUGUGGAUCUUAACCAAGCAGCUUUCAUUAAAGGGAGGGAACUCUUGCAUAAUAUCCUACUUUGCAAAGAAAUUGCAAAAGGAUAUAAGAGGAAAGGUAUUUCUCCUAGGUGUAUGAUGAAAGUAGAUAUACAGAAUGCAUAUAAUUCUGUGAGUUGGAAAGCCAUUAGGGGGAUCCUACAUAGCCUGAAUUUUCCUGGGAAAUUUAUUUAUUGGAUUAUGUUCUGUAUCUCCACCCCCUCUUAUACAAUCCACAUAAAUGAUGAACUGCAUGGAUAUUUCAGAGGAGGAAAGGGACUUCGACAGGGGGAUCCCAUAUCACCACUACUCUUUGUCCUUAUAAUGGAAUACUUGACUAGGAGUCUUAGAGUAGCUGCCUUGAAAUAUAAGUUCUCUUAUCAUCCUAUGUGUGCCAAUCUCAAGAUCAUAAACCUGACCUUUGCUGAUGAUUUGAUCGUGGUUUGCAAAGCAGACAAUGAAUCAAUCAAAUGUAUCAUGGAGGUCCUGGAGAGGUUCUAUGCCACAACUGGACUGAAGAUUAACAGAAACAAAUCCUAGAUAGUUUUUGGUGGGAUCAACCAAUCCAAGAAAAUGGAGCUACUGAGGAUCUCGGAUAUGAAGUUAGGAGAGUUUCCCUUUACUUACCUGGGUAGCCCAAUUACCACAACCAGACUGAAGAUUAAAGAUUGUGAUGCCCU